CUGCCCACUGUGCUUGCAGGCGACGAAACCCUCGCGAUGCUUGCUAUAUAGCGGCGGAAGAAACGGAGCGAAACACCUUUAGACCCUCGCCCCUUGGACCGCCGUUUUUACCCCCCUUCGUCCCGCAGGGCAGCACUUUCUCUGACACCGGCCCCGGUUGUUCUCAGCCAUGAACGUCUUCAACCCAAAAAUCCUGGAUGCCAGCAUCCGGGAUGUCACUGCGAGCCUUACCGACGACCAAAAGGCAGAUGUCCUGUUAUAUGCCAUGAAGCACCUCCAGGUCGAAAAUUCUAGAACCACAAUCGAGAACGCCGUGCAAUCUAUUCUACAAAUUGCAGACCUCUCCCCUCGGAAUGCGGCGUCAGCGAGAGUCCUCCGAGCCAAGGCCAGGCUUGCCGCCGGGCGGAGGGUCGGUGCCCACGAAGACCUGGAGGCGGUUCUGCGUCUUGAACCUGACCAUCCGGAGGCAUCCAUCCUCCUGAGCAGGCGGGUGGUCGUCACUGACAAGUCUCCUGUGCACCCGCGGUCAUAUCCGAUGUUUUCGGUGGAGAUAUGGCGCGAGAUAGCGCUCUUCCUCCCGCGGCACGACCUCAAGACGCUCCUCCUCGUCCCCCACAUCGUCUCGCGAGUCGCGUCGCAGCUCCUAUUCCAAAAGAUCGACUUGCAUUUCGUAGUAUGGGAAGACGACGAGGACGAGUCCCAGCCGGAGGUGCGACUUGAUCAGCAGCUCGAUAAGUGGCACGCCCAGCGAUCCGCCGACAUUCUCACCAGGAUCAUCAUCGACCCCGGCUUUGCCAGCCUCAUCAAGACCAUGCGGAUAUUUGCCCCUCGGCUGUCAGUGCAGCAGAGCAUGGCCUUCCAGACGGGCAUGUUGUCCAAUGCUCUGCCCAAAAUGAACAACCUCACGAACUUCCACUGCACCAUGAACCCGCAGGGGCUUAAUGCUGUCAUGCGCGUCAUCGAGUCUUCCCGGCCAAAACUGAGCGGGCUAUCUCUAAAACCUACGAACCGCUCAACGCCGAUCAUCCUCCCCAACCUCAAGUCGCUCCGCAAGCUCGCCGUGUACGACCUAGACGAGAACGCGUCGCAGACGUUCAAGUUCAUCGCGCACAAUCAGGGCACCAUCCGCGAGCUCUCGCUCAAGGGCCUCUUCUCGACGCUCUCCACCGAGGCCCUCGCCGUGCGCCACCUCACGCAGCUGGACUUCUCUGGCACCAUUCGAGCCGACCGCCAGGUCUUCUCCGAGAUCCUCGCGAACGGGCGGCAGCUUGAGGCGCUGCGGAUAAGCUGUAUCCUCAACACCGCCGUAUCCGCGCAGUUCCGCUCCAACAAGACCGCGCUGCCGUACCUCAAGCACUUUGCGUUCUCGAUCAUGAACAUCAGCGCCGCGGUGACGGACACGGACCUCUUCCCCGCCCUUUCGGAGUUCCUGCGAAACAGGAAGGCGUUGGUCACGCUGCACCUCAAGGCGCCGUUCAAGUCGAUGCAGCAGCGGCUCGGGUACGACGCGGCGGUUUGGGGCGUGCUGCCGUCCCUGCCGAGCUUGCGGAACGUGCACAUCACCAUCCCAAAGGACGUUGCGCCCGGCCUCGCGACGUGGCUCAUCCCGCGCGAGGUCACGACCUUGUCGUUGGAUGGGGAGCUCCCAGAGCUCGCCGAGAUGCCAUCCUUCAUCUCACAACUGCGCCCAGGCGUUCCGCCCGGGCUCAAGCUGGUUGCCUUUCCCCAAUACGCCAUCCCAGAUGUCGCACUGCUCAUCGAGCGAGGAUUUCCUAUGGUGCGGGUCUGCCGGCUCGGCGAUGACUUCUGGACGGUCAUCCGGAAGGAGGACGGCGUCUCCAUCAAGGAGUUGGAGAGAUGGCCGUCAAGACGCGCGAGGUACAGCGCACCAGAGUGGUUGGAGUGGCUGGGAUGUGAGGACGCAUUGUGGCCGGAGAUUAUCGAUUUCUUGUGAUUUUUGGGUAACCAGUGGACUCUCUUGCUCGGGCGUCGUCAUUUACCGCGGUGUAUUCAUAGUGAUAUGUUGUCCCUGUACCCAGCGCGGUGUAAUCGUCCUAAAUAUUCGAUCCGCUUGGAUCAUAUGAGCCCGGUUUCCGGACAAUGAGCUGCCUGGUUACCGACAUGGUUCAUAUGAACCCUGAGCUCGAGCAGGGGUGGGUAUGACCGUACCCUGCCAGAACGCUGCAAGUCAUUCCGGAAGCUGCGGGUCGGACGGC